AUUAAUAUUCACUUGUGUCUAACUCAGUAUUGAUCACUCGAUCGCCAAACUACGAUAGGGCGUUACUGAAUGGUUUUUACUUACAUUUUUUACAUCUUCGAAGAACCACAGUAAUUGUUGUUUUUGUAACGCGUUUUGAGAACAUCUCAUUAUGUCAUCAGCUUUCAUUGAAAUCAGUGCUCAAUUUUCAAUUACUAUGUAGGAGCAUGAGUUAAGUAAUAUAUUUCGUGAUUUAUUUUAUUAUAAUUUUAGUCCAAAAUGCAUUUACAAGUGCCAGUGUUAAUUGUACUUAUAAAUCUAUGUUACAGUGUUGUUUUUGGUAUUUACGUGACAAAUCUCAACGAAUCCUGUAUUCGCUGUCUGUGUCACGUGGCCGGCUGCGAUCUCUCCCACACUUGCACUGGGGGCUAUUGUGGCCCUUUCUACAUAUCUAGGGUAUACUGGGUGGAUGCUGGGAAGCCGACUCUACCUGAUGACAAUCCCGAUAGGAAGGAAGCAUAUGAGGACUGCGCCAGAGACUAUUACUGCUCGGUGAAAAUUAUUGAAAACUACAUGGCUAGAUUUGGGAAGGAUUGCAAUGGAGACGGUGUGACAAACUGCUAUGACUACAUGAUGAUCAACCAUCACGGAGGAAGGGCGUGUUCUGAGCCUCUGUUCCUCAGCCCACUUGGACUGCAACGCCUCAAGUUGUUCCAGCAAUGCCGUCUUAAUUAAUUAUGUACUGAUUAAAAUAAGCUGAUACGAAUUAUAAAUUUAUUAGUAUUUUAAUGCUCUAAAUAAUUUUAAAAUUUUAAGGUUUUGUAUGACGUUAAAAACUACUUAUGUUAGAUAUAAUAAAAAAAACCUAAACAUGGAAUGAACGAAAUUGAUGAUACCUGAAUGUAAUAAUAUAUGAACGUCCGUUGAACAUAGUAGUUCUUAAGAUUAGCGCGACCAAACAAUCAAACAAAUUCUUCAGCUUUAUACCAUUAGUAUAGAUUUAUCUUUACAUGCCAAAUUCUAAAGAAGUCAUGAAUAAAAUUUACAAAUAGAUUCUCUUUUCUACAA